AACACGAAAACAAAAACACCAUUCGUGUCACAUCGUCGCGGCCGCAGUUUGGGCAGUUUGUUUCGUUUCUUCGGCAGAUGUGAUUGUUCGGUGAAAUUCCGGCGUUGUUCCAGACGGAAGUCGUUCCAUCCUACGACGGAUUUGAUUCCGGAACGACCAGGCGACUCAAAAACGACAAAAAAUCCGGUAUAAAAUGGAGUAGUGUUUUUCAAACGGUAAAAAGUGUCAUGUCAAAGAAGGUGCUCUCGAGAGUUUGCCAAAUUUUGCGUCGCCAUUUGACCUACAAUCAGCCGAAGCGCUUAUCAGACGAUCUUGCAGCAGCCUAGUGCGAAUAAAGUAACUGAGCACUCCGGUUAUCGAAAUCUGACAACAUGGCGUUGCUUCCUCCGGAUCCGGUCUAUUGCCUCAAAUCGUCUGACCUCGGCGCAUUUCAUUCGCUGUGUUUCCACACAUCGGAACGGCUGUAUGCCGGUAAUGUCCGUGGAACGGUGCAGCUUUGGGAUUUGCAGACGAAUCGCUCAACGUAUCAGCUGUCGGUGGGCAAGAGUCCCAUCAUCGGCUUGGCCCACACCGAAGAUGCCUUGAUAACUCAGGAAAAGGAGGGCACCGUAAAGUUGUGGGAGCUGACCAACUCGGCGUACGUCCUCCGGCACGAAUCCGCCACCGACCACGUCGGUUUCUGUCGUUUCGAGUACCAUAACGAUGCUGUGAUAAUGCCCCGCGGGGAAGCUAACAUUGCCGUCCUCUGUGGGCGGACAUUCACCGAGCGGCAACUGCUCAAUCCGACUAAAGCCGAUCCCAAACUUCCGCCCCUGGGAACGGUCAUGUGUAUCCUGCCGGUGGAGAUAAAGGACAAGGCUUACCUUUUGGCCGCCUACGAGGCGGGAAUGCUAGUGCUUUGGGACCUGACCAGCUCGAAACCGAUCAGCCAUCUGCAGGUGUGUCAGGACGAGUGCCUGAUGGCCAUGGAUUACGAUCCGUUUACUAAUCGUGGCGUUUGCGGCGGAACUUCGGACAAGAUCUUUGUCUUUUCGGUGGACCGGCCGACGAUGGAACUACGCAAAAAGUCUGAAAUAGCAAUCAAGAACGCCGGGAUUAGCCGGGUGAAGAUCCGCAAAGACCUGAAGGUGUUUGUCAGUGCCGGACGGGACGGCAGGAUUCGCAUUUUCUCGUGGAAAAGUCUGAGGCCGUUGGCCGUGUUGACCGAGCACCGGGGAGAACUGUUGGACGUGAUCUACUCGGACGAGAAGGUAUCGAUGUGGAAGGCUGUCAUCAUGGCCGCGGCCGGAUCAGACGGACAGAUUUCCCUGUGGGAUCUGUACAACUGACGAUCCGGUGCCCCGGUGGAUGAAUGAAAAGGCAGAUAAGUACUUCUGUUUGACGAUGGAUUUACUUUUUUGAACGUUGACUUUCACUACUUGCGUUCUAAGGAAUUAAAUCUUAUUCGGAUGAACCUUCAAAAGCUUUUAUAUACAACUCACAUUUACACAACUGGCAAAUUAUAAGAAUCGCCAUGUUACGGUUCCUUAGCUGUUCCUUAUCGUUCUUUUUUAAACCUUAAUUUAUUAUGUUACACGUAUACUUAUUAACUUACACUGUUGUUGGUAAUCACUCAUUCGCGAACACAUUUUAUGCUACUAAGUCUCUACUUAAACGAAAGUUUAGUUAAAUCCCGGAUCGUGUUUGUUGAAUUUACAAUUUGUAACAACUAUGAAUCUACUACGACUAGAACGAAUUAUGAAAAUGUAAGAAUAAAUAAUUUUUUGCUACAUGUUUUACAACAAUAUAAUAAUAUAUACAUCAAA